ACGAGUCACGUAUCAGACGUAAACAUAUAGUUUUAUUUAUUUAUUGACUGAAGAGUAAACAUAUAGUUCCUUCUUGCCAUUCCUGUUUCUCUUUCUCAGCGCUUAUGUGGUACCUUACAGUAACUAAUCUCUAUUGAUAUAUAAACAUUGCAUUGAGGUUGUCUACUUUUGAUUGAAAAGAAUAGUCCACGGCGGCUAUGGUCAACAUUGAGCCUCCAACGCGUCUUCAGGGGAAAUAUGCUGCAAUAGUGGUUUGCUGGCUUCUUGGCAAUGGAUGUCUUUUUUCUUGGAGCAGUAUGUUGACAGUAGAAGAUUUCUACGGUUACUUGUUUCCGAAAUACCAUCCUUCCAGAGUGCUUACACUUGUAUAUCAGCCAUUUGCAUUUGGAACACUUGCUAUACUUUCUUAUAAUGAGGCAAAAGUCAAUACUAGAUUAAGGAACCUAUUUGGUUAUACACUUUUUUUCAUAAGCACUCUGUUGGUGUUAAUAUUAAAUUCAGCAACAUCUGGUAAAGGAGGACUUGGAACAUUCAUUGGUAUAUGUGCAAUGAGUGGUUGCUUUGGAGUUGCAGAUGCUCAUGUUCAAGGUGGAAUGGUGGGAGACCUGUCCUACAUGCAACCAGAAUUCAUUCAGUCCUUCCUUGCUGGUUUGGCAGCAUCUGGGGCAUUAACCUCUACUUUAAGGUUAGUUACAAAAGCAGCAUUUGAGAAUUCUAAGGAUGGUCUUCGGAAAGGAGCUAUUCUAUUCUUUGCCAUAUCAACAUUCUUUGAGCUUCUAUGUGUUCUUCUUUAUGCAUUUGUUUUUCCCAAAAUACCAAUUGUGAAGUACUACCGUUCAAAAGCAGCAUCAGAAGGAUCAAAAACUGUUUCAGCUGACCUUGCAGCUGGUGGCAUACAGACAAUACUCAAACAAGAUGAAGAUUAUGGAAAAGAACAAGAGAGAAAAGGAAACAAGCAAUUGUUAUUUGAAAACAUUGAUUAUUUACUUGACAUGUUCCUAAUAUAUGUAUUGACACUAUCAAUUUUCCCCGGAUUCCUGAUUGAAGAUACUGGAGCACAUAAAUUAGGAACUUGGUAUGCACUUGUGUUGAUUGCAAUGUAUAAUGUUGGAGAUCUAAUAGGAAGAUACAUCCCACUGAUUGAAUUAUUGAAAUUGGAGUCACGAAAGUUAACAACGGUAGCAAUUCUAUGUCGUUUCUUACUUGUUCCAGCAUUUUAUUUCACUGCAAAGUAUGGUGACCAGGGCUGGAUGAUAAUGUUGACAUCAUUCUUGGGCCUAUCCAAUGGCUAUCUCACUGUUUGUGUUAUGACAUCUGCACCCAAAGGUUAUAAGGGUCCUGAACAAAAUGCCUUGGGAAACUUGUUGGUGUUGUUUCUACUUGGAGGUAUUUUUGCAGGGGUGACACUAGACUGGUUGUGGUUGAUAGGUAAAGGUUGGUGAAAUCUUAAGUUGGUGUUAUCUCUCGAGAUAUGGUUCAAUGACACAAAAAAUACACCAGGGGUGUAUUUGUAAUUGUUUCCAUAAAUAAUAAAGGUAGUGACUAUGUAGUAUGUAUUUCAAAUUUAUUUUCAAUAUUGUUUCUUUUUUAAGAUGAUGAAAAAUGACUAAGAAAUCAUCUUAAAUUUUUAUUUUGAACAUGAGUGAAGACGACGAAGAAGAGAAAAAUGUAAGUGUUUUUUCUUUUUA